GGUACCUAUAUGCCCAGGUUGGUUGUCUAGAGGUAGGUACGUUAGGUAUGCGUCGACUCGCGACCUCAUUUGGUUCUUUUGUUAUGUGAAAACAACCGUUAUAUGGCUUCCCUUCUUCGGCGGCUGGUCUGGCCUAGCCGGGCAUGGAAGCCUCUGACGUUCGCCAGCUCGAAUUUCGCACGGAUCCCACUGGAUGAGAAGAUAGAAGAGGAGCUCUUCCCAGACUACAAUGCAUCUCGCUACUUCCCUGUCCUUAUAGGACAAGUCCUUAGGGAUCGCUAUCAGAUUGUCGGCAAGCUGGGCUUUGGGGCCAGCUCAACCGUGUGGCUGGCGCGCGACCUAGAGGACCGCCGGCACGUGGCACUGAAGCUUUUUAUACACUCGGCCGCUAUGGGUGAACAGCUGGAUCACGAGAUCGAAAUGUACAGACGAAUCUCUAGCUCUUCUUCAAAACAUCCCGGUCGCGGUGCUGUCAGGCAACUUCUUGACUCAUUCGAAGUUGCUGGACCAGACGGAUCCCACCGAUGUCUGGUUCAUCCUCCAUUAGGGGAGAGCGUCUUAACUUUUCUGCACCGCAACCCGGCAAAGAAACUACCCGCACCAGUGCUUGCUUUUAUUUUGCGCCGCCUCUUUCUUGCUUUGGACUUUUUACACACAGAAUGUCAGAUUAUACACACAGAUAUAAAAGCAGACAACAUCAUGUUCGGCAUCCAGGAUGAGUCGGUUUUCACUGCAUUUGAGGAGCAAGAGAUGCUCGAGCCAUCUCCGCGAAAGACAAUGGACGGACGUACCAUCUAUCUUUCACGCGAGCUGCGAAUGCCACCAAGGACAUGGGGCGCACCUGUACUCUGUGACUUUGGCUCGGCCGCUUCCGGCGAUGUUGAGCAUUUCGAGGACGUACAGCCCGAUAUUUACAGGGCACCCGAGGUCAUUUUAGAAGCGCCGUGGUCUUAUCAGAUUGAUAUAUGGAACACCGGUUGCAUGAUAUGGGACCUUUUCGAAGGCGGCCACUUGUUCACGGGACAUGACCCGGAGCAUCAGACAUACCGCAGCCGAGCGCACCUUGCUGAGAUGAUCGCACUACUUGGACCACCUCCAAAAUCGCUACUGGAGUCGGGCAGAUCGACUAGCAAGUUCUUUACAGACACUGGUGAUUUUCGCACAGAUUUUGCACUCCCGGAUAAUACAUCAUUAGUAGACAGAGAAGCCAGCCUGGAGGGUGACAGUCGGGAGAGAUUCCUAGCCAUGAUGGGCAAGAUGCUUCUUUGGGAAGCUUCAAAGCGCUCCUCGGCAAAAGAGCUGGCCGAUGACGAAUGGAUCAGGGAAUAUAUGUAGAGACGGAAGUCUGCACAGUCAUAAUUCUGAUUGCGUUCAACUAAACAUCACAAAGCCCAUCGCAGGUUGAUGGUGUUGGGCCAUACCAUUAUCAAGGAUGCGGCUUAGCCCCAGAAUGAAAGAAGCCACCACCUGCGGGACUAAUUUUUUUUUUAAAAAAAAA